CUCCCCCGCGAACAAACACAGCCGCUUCAUCAACAGGAAGCCCGAGCUAUAAAUACACAGCAGCUGCACGGAACAGUAUCCCAUGCUACGCCUCAGCUGCUAGAUUCCACCAACACUGCUGCGAACCCCUCUCGCAACAAAGGGAACGCCUCAGCUUGCCAGAGCUGAACGCAGCAGCCUAAUCGACCAACGACGGCACCCUCCACCGCCCAAGAAGCGAAGAAGCGAACCGAAACAAUGUCCAACGCUGUGCCAAGGGAGGCGACUCUCCCUGGGGGCGAAGCCGAUGGCCACUACGAUGGCUACCCGCCCCAGAAACCCCAGGCCAUGCCAGAGUCCCCCUCUAGAGAGUACCACGAUGCACCACAUACACCUCAUCAGGAAGCAGUAAACUUGGCAGGCUACCCGGAUGCUGCGACUGCACAGGCAGCAGGCUUCAAGACGCAGUGGACUUCCAACGGCGAGGAAGCUCCCACCUAUGCCCCCCAACGCCCCAUGGGCCCUGUCCGAACCCCCUCAAACACGUACAAUCCCGCAACAUCCCGUGUACCAGCAUCCUCUCAGCUCGCAGCACCGUUUACAGAUACGCUCCGAUCCUCCUCAAAAUCGCGACCCCGUCAAAAUGACAGUCGAUUCAGAGCGCAAGAGCGAGCUUACGUCCAGAAGCUUCGCCAGGACUACGACGAGUACUUCACCGCAUAUCCGACAGAUGGCAAUGACUCCGACUCGGAAGGAGAGACGCCAUCGACGGAAGGCCUUUUUGACGAUAGACUCGAUCAGGAAACCAUUAUGUUCUACGGUGACGAUAACCUGCUCCCUACCGAAGACGACAUCAAAGAUCCCGAGAACAAAGAGAGGCUUGAGUGGCAUGGCAUGCUCGAGGCUGUGCUUACCGGUGAUGUUGUCCGACAAGAGAAGAAACGUCUGAUUGGCUCCAGCGAGCAGGAAUCCAGCAAAUCUGCGCACAAGACGGAGCUUUGGCUUGGCAUUCGCAGCAAGGUCUGCGGUCGCCAUUUGCCUGUGCAGAAGCGCAUCGUAGAAGAGGCGCGUGCAAGUGUUGACAAGAUCUUGGACGAGAUUAUUAAUUUCGAGGUCAAGGGCGAGAGUGAGGUUGGCAAGUCUCCUCACGAGCAAGUCAAGGACGUGGUAGAGAAGAUUGAAAAGUGCGAAAAGCAGUACCCUUCGUGGCAGGCGCUGGUUUCGGAACACAAGACGGCCUCAUCGCCGCAAUACGAGGAGGCAUCCGAAGCCAUCCUGUCUUGGUACAACACAAAUGCUAUGAUCAACACCGAACUCUCUAUUCUGAAGAGCUGGGUCGGCAAUGACGAACUCGACUUUACGCGCACCAAGCAGAGAUCACCAGCAGUCAAAGGCAUCACAAGCGAUGAGACUUCGUUUCUGGAUAGGCUGAUCAAAGAAGAUGGCCUUCCAUCACUAUACAACGACGACGAUAAGCAAACGCAGAAUGGCAUGUUGCCACCCAUCUCCAAUAUCAUCCACAAGGCGAAGCAGACCCUCAUCCGCAACUCUGUUCCGUUUCAAAAGCUACAUCUUCCACCCUACCUCGAUGAGCUUCUGACGCUUAUUAGCUUCCCCUCUCGUCUUAUUGAAGAAAUCAUCCGCAUGCGUCUAGAAUAUGCUAGAAACGUUAAGGAGACUGCCUCGCAAAAUCCCAUGAUGCAAGACCAGAUGAUUUCCCAAUUUCAGCUUUUACUCAAGUUUGCUAUCCGUAUCAAGCAGGAGUAUCUAGCUAUUGAGAAUCCCGAACCGGGAUGGGACUUGCCGCCGUGCAUUGACGAGUCUUUUGACCAGGUCGUGCUCGACGCGCUCAAAUUUUACUUUAAAAUGCUCAACUGGAAGCUCAGCGGCAACAAGAACACCUUCAAGGAAGCCGAACUGCUCUUCCAAGAGUGGGAUUUUGCCAACAAUAUCGGCAGCAACCUCCAAAGAGGCAACAUCGAAGUCGCAGAACAGUUUAGUGGCCUUACGUUCAAGGCUUUGAAGCGCCUCAGCGAGACGUUUGAACGCGAGCUUCAAGAGAAGCCGCUCGAAAGCGCCGCCGAUAUGAGCAAGAGAUAUAAGGCUUGCUUAGAUUCCGUUCGAGUCCGACAGCGUAUGCUGCAGCGUUUCUCACGCAUGUUGAGUGAUCAUUACGAACACGCAUCCGACUAUAGCAUUUCAUAUCCCCCAGAGCUGAUGCAAAAGUUUUACGAUCAACUGUUGGCGACUGGGCAUUUCCGCGUUGACACGGGUGUUUUCGAAAAGAAUGAGAUAUACGUGAUCGCGUCGCCGGAGCUCCGAGACAGGCUGUACGAUAUCCAGUCCAUCAUGGCCAUCACGUCAAACGACUUUUUCCCCGAGGAAGCUGGCGACCCAUACGUGCUUAUCCUUCGCCCUGAGAAUCCCAUUAGCUGGUUUGGCGACGUUGUACAAGUUCCUCUCAACCAGCAGGACAUUGACCUGAAGCGCGGUCAGCUCCGACUAUGCGCCACAUCGUCACAAGCGCUCCCAAGCGCGCGCAGGGCUUUCCUAGACGCAGUAGACAUGCACGUCGAUCUUCUUCAGGAGACUCGCUCGAACAUUCGUAAGGUGAAUGCGCGACUCACUGAUAACCGACGCGUGGCAUACAAGCUGUCCAACACAUUCAUGGACAGUGUUGAGACGAUUCGAAGACAGGCUGCAGGCAAAGACUGCCAGGAGCUGAUUCAGACUUGCUUUAUGUUUGCGACGGAAUUUGGUCAGCGUUCGCUGCUCUACAUGGAUGCCAACCGCCGGCAAAUGAACAACCUGAAGCUGACCAAGCUUGCGUUGGACUGGAUCAGCUUUGUGUGCGACGAUUGCAUUGCUUCUGACCGCAAGACGUUCCGAUGGGCUGUGCAGGCUUUAGAGUUGGCUAUGGGCAUGACACGUGGCCGACACAUUCUGAUGCUCGGCGAGGAUGAGUACUCGCAGCUGCGAUCCAAGGUGGCUGGCUGCAUGUCCGUCCUGAUUUCCCACUUUGAUAUCAUGGGUGCCAGAUCAAACCUUGCAGCACAGGCUGAGAAGGAUAGGAUCGAGGCCAUGAUGGGUCAGUUCAAAAAGCUCGACAAGAAGCGCAUGUUGGACGACGACGAGGCUUCGCGUUGUAUUAGUGAGCAAAGAAUGAACGAGCUGGAAAGGGUGGAUGAGUUUCGGCAAGAAAAGGAGUCUGAGAGACGGGCUUUGGGCCGUGUCUUGGAGGGCAACACAGAAGCGGAUAGAUCGCUGGCGUACCUUUCUGCAUCUGCCACCAAUGUUACCAUGCGCUGGCAGCAGGGUCACUUUGUGGGCGCUGGUACGUUUGGCAACGUCUAUGCUGCCAUGAGCCUGGACACUGGCCAGCUCAUGGCAGUCAAGGAGAUUCGUCUGCAGGAUCCCAAUCUUAUUCCUACAGUCGCUGCACAGAUUGGCGAAGAGAUGAGCGUGCUGGAAGUGCUGGACCACCCCAACAUUGUCUCCUACAACGGCAUCGAAGUCCACAGAGACAGAGUGUACAUUUUCAUGGAGUACUGUUCUGGCGGCUCGCUGGCCAAUCUACUGGAGCACGGGCGAAUCGAAGACGAGCAAGUCAUUAUGGUCUACGCGCUUCAAAUGCUGGAGGGUCUAUGUUACCUGCACGAAAGCGGCAUUGCGCAUCGCGAUAUUAAGCCUGAGAACAUCCUGCUCGACCACAACGGUAUCGUCAAGUAUGUCGACUUUGGCGCGGCCAAGGUGAUUGCAAGACAGGGUCGCACGAUGGCUGCCGAUCUGCACGCAACAAAGCCCAACCGCUCCAUGACGGGCACACCGAUGUACAUGUCGCCCGAGAUUAUCAAGGGCGAGAACCUGGGCCGCGCUGGUGCCGUGGACGUGUGGUCGCUGGGCUGCGUAGUGUUGGAGAUGGCAACUGGACGACGACCAUGGGCCAACCUGGACAACGAAUGGGCCAUUAUGUACAAUAUUGCGCAGGGCAACCCGCCACAGCUGCCCAACUCUGAGCAGCUGAGCGAGCAGGGCAUUGACUUCCUCACCAAGUGCUUCAUUCGCGAUCCGACGAAGCGCUGGUCGGCGAUUGAGCUGCUGCAGCAUGAAUGGAUCAUGGCGAUUCGCAGCCAAGUGGUGGAGCCAGCAACACCGAGCGAUACAAACAGUUCGGCUUACUCGAACAGAGGAAGCGGGGCUGAGUGAAGCAGACCAUGAGCGAUGUUUUUUUUGUUUGUUUUUGUACUGGUAUAUGGGAUGUAUAAGAUGGCGCCUGCAAGAGCAAAGCAUACGAAAGGAAUAGCAGCAGCGCUGAAGGGCCAAAUGAGGGGGAGUACGUGGCUGUGUAUAUGAAUAUAAUAAGGAUCUGCAUAAUAUGAAAUACAACCCCGCUUGUAAAUACCACU